AGUCGCGCGGUGCAACGAAGCUCCAUCGUUUCUGUCGCGCUUCGGUCCGUCCAUCGGUCGUCUGGCACGGGGACAGACACGCAGGAAUACGAAGCAAGGCAGCCGCGUACACGAUACAGCGGGAGGGAAACGCGUGUCUCGCUUAAUCGCGCCUAAUUAAGACGAUUCGCCGUCUGCCGUGGCCGCGCACAUGCACUGUCAUUGACCGUCUGCGGUCCGUGGCUCGUAAAUCAUCGUGCUUCCCUCCGGCAGAAUGCCGGGUAAUUGUGUCACGGUUGAUAUACGAAUUUAUUUUCGUCGCCGCGGGAUUGAUUAACGGGGGAAAACAGUGAGCCGCGAGGAAUAACGGCAGAAUCCUUCGUCGUACGGUCGCGCUACCGAAUCCAAUCGAAUCGAAUUUGGUAGAGGCGAAGCAGAGGAUUUCGCUCGAAAGUGUGUAGAAAGAAAGGCGUGAAACUUGGUGUUUGACGAAAGGAUCGGGUGGUAGUUGGACAUAGAUCUGGCCAAAAGACUGGAAAGGGUUGAAGAUCGUGAGCGAGACCGAGCAGGCUAGGCACCAGCGGGAAAGUAACACGUGCUUGCGGCGUAUUCCGGCGUAAACCACGUGGCUUGUGACAGCGAGGCUGCUUCUCACUGUAACGACUGUGCCGGACGAGGGCGAGAACAGUUUUAAAAUGCCCAGAGCUUCUGUGGUACACAUGACUUCGACGGCGAACAGACCGCAGCACAUGUCGCAGGUGUUGGCCACCCUAGCGCUGUCUAUGGGAACACUGUCCUCAGGCCUGGCAAAGGGUUACACCUCACCAGCCUUGGACUCCAUUCUAGACAACCAACCACCUCACCUUUAUCAAACAUCAAACAACGACACUGGGUCGGCUUUCUCGGUGACGCAACAAGAAGCCUCGUGGGUAGCGUCGUUGUCGAUGCUGGGCGCAUGGUUCGGUGCUAUGAUCGGCGAUUGGAUAAUGAGGAGGGGUCGUAGAUUGGCGCUCCGUGUCACGUCUUUGCCUCUGGCCGCCGUAUGGGUCCUUACGGGCAUCGCACCCUGCUUGGAAUUGGUAUACGUCACGAGCUUCAUCGGAGGCCUUUGCUGCUGCAUGAUCGUUAUGGUAGCUCAGGUAUACAUAUCAGAAAUCUCGAUGCCGGGAAUCAGGGGCUGCCUAUCGGCGAUGCUGAAAGUGGUCGGUAACGUUGGCGUGUUAUUGUCGUACAUCGCGGGCACGUACCUGAACUGGCGACAGAGCGCACUGCUGGUAGCCAUAGCGCCGUCGAUGCUCUUUCUAGGUACUUUCUUUAUACCCGAGACGCCAUCGUACCUCGUUCUGAAUGGCAAAGACGACGAAGCUGCCAAGAGCUUGCAAUGGCUACGCGGUGAUCAGGUCGACAUUCGUCACGAACUGCAGGUGAUCAAAACGAAUAUCCUGGCGUCACGAGCGAAGCAGUACGAGCAGACGCUCAAGAACAGCAUGUUCACACCUGAGCUGUACAAGCCAAUCGCCAUCACGUGCGGGUUAAUGUUCUUCCAGCGAUUUUCUGGCGCGAACGCGUUCAAUUACUACGCGGUCAUUAUAUUCCGUCAGACUCUGGGCGGCAUGAAUCCUCACGGCGCGACCAUUGCGAUUGGCUUUGUGCAAUUAUUGGCUUCUAUGUUAUCAGGAUUCCUGAUUGACAUCGUGGGUAGGCUACCGCUGCUGAUUGCCAGUACCGUGUUCAUGUCGUUGGCGUUAGCAGGUUUCGGCAGUUAUGCCUAUUACAUGUCGCAGACGCAAAAUCUGGGCUAUCCGGACACGGCGGUGGUCGGCCAGCACGACUGGAUACCGUUGCUCUGCGUGCUCGUCUUCACGACCGCUCUAGCUUUGGGCAUAUCGCCAAUUUCGUGGUUAUUGAUUGGCGAGCUCUUUCCCCUGCAGUAUCGCGGCCUCGGCUCCAGCAUCAGCAUGAGCUUCAACUACUUCUGCGCGUUCGUCGGCGUUAAGCUCUUCAUGGAUUUUCAGCAGACGUUUGGUCUACACGGAGCGUUCUGGUUCUACGCAGCAGUCGCGGUAUGCGGACUAUGUUUCGUAGUAUGCUGCGUGCCCGAGACCAAAGGGAAACAACUGGACGAGAUGAAUCCAGAGUACGCACAGGCGCGGUAGUAUAAGGCCUCGUUAACAGGGGGUUUGUCGAACCUAGAGAAAUCCAACAAACCCCUACCAGGAGGAGCUUAUCCGAAUCAACACGAUCCGAGAGAGCUGUAUAAUGCGAAUCCAGCUAUGGAUAUUCCAACGACGUCUUGUCACACACCGAACUACAGGAGUAAUCAUCGCAAAUUAUCCGAUUAUUGCAACAUCUUCGCCGAGAAAACUAACAGAAUCGGUAGAAACGUGGAGAGCUUCAUGCAGUCCCGUGGAUUCUUCACGGCGCGUCGUUCCACCGACGACAGUUCGCACAGCAACGCGACCACAACGCAUAGAAGCAACGGAGACGUGAUUCGAAACGAUUAUCGAUUCUCCGAUCGGCUGAACGAACGGCCUGAAGUACUCGAGGAGAAUCAGCAUCGUUAUGGUCGGAACGGACGAAAUCGCCGAGAUAGAUGUGCCUACCCAAAGGACGUAUAUCCAAAGGAUACGUAUCCAGAAGAAAGAAGCAUCGAUUCGAAUUACGUAAAUCGCGACAUGGAGAUGCAACCUCGACGAGUUAGGCAUCGCGAUUACACGGCUGCGUACGAGGACAACAGCUGGAGGGACGUCUCGAGUGAUUUAAACGGGUCUAAGCCGAUCCUGAGGAACGGCAUUAGUCACGGAAGGGGCGAGAGGCUUUACAGCUCGACUUUGCCCAGACGAAGUAGAACCAUCAAUUUCAGAGAUCAGCCGGCCAGUUCCCUCGAAUCGCGGCGUAGCUACCCGAGAAGCUUGCAGGACCUCUCGGACCUCGAGCUGGACGAUAGAAUACGAGAUUCGGGCGAUUCGUCUCUUCUAUCGUCGAACAGGGAAUGGAGAAACGACAGGCUGCUGGACGAUGGUUACAGACGUCGAAGAUAUCGGGAGGACCAACUCGAAGAUGAUUAUUUGAGACUCUACAGAAGUUUGUCCAGGCUGAACAGAUAUCCGCAGGGUGGCAAGUACGAGCCCGGCCAGGUACACUACGAGAGAGAAUGCAGGACAUUCGGCAAGGACACGGUUGCUUUCAUUUAUUACAAAACGUGCUACUUGUGAUGCACGAAGAAACGCAAUAGGGUUGAUGAUAAUAGUCGAUCAAAGCGUUCUUCGUCGAUGGAUCAUCGUCUGCCCGAUAUGCUUAAUGGCUCGUUGAUAACGAGGAAGCUUGGUGACCUGAUUUUCACGACGCUCGUUCUUCCGAUGUAUCUUUUCGAUUAAGCUUUCGAUUGACGCGAAUUGGAAUCGUGGUGUUUUCGCGGCGUUUAGAAUAUAUUUAAGUAUUAGAAGAUUUUCUUUCCACGACGAACCACCGAGAAUCUCUGGUAACAGAGAUAAUUGUUUAUUUGUUAUAUCGAAAGGUACUGAAACGACUUGAUUUUUAUCACAGCAAGAUCUCAUUAGCGACGACGUUAGAUUAUUGAGUUCCUUGAUCGAUUUGAUACGAGCUUUUUUCAGUUGACGAGACGAUAGAAAUGAAUAUGAACGUAAUAUUUCAUGAUUCAUCAGCUGGCGUAUAAGAUUGGUCAGAAACGCGUACAUUCGAUCGAACGAACGCGACGAGUCUCCCUUUCUAAUCAUCUUCGAAUACUUGACGUGUAAAACAUUCUAAAAGACUUGUAUCGAGUAAUCAAAAAAGGUACAAUUUAUAUGAACGUAGAAUAGAGGUUAACGAUUAAUAGCGGGUAACUUGUUAGAAGUUGAAGAACGCAGCGAGACGUUCGAGUGUUAAUUUCUCCUCCCUCUGACCAGUUUUAUGCUCACUUUCGAUAUUAUAAAUCGUAAAAUGAAGGAAAAUAAGAUCUGUUUUCAAACGACACGACUGAAUUACAUAAAUUCGUAUUAGAUAACCAUCUUCGUGAUUUGCCUUGUGAAACGUUGAACGAUAUUUUGACCAAGAAGCGCAUUAAAUUAGCAUACGUUAUUUUCCGUAACUAUCGAAACUACGUAGAACGAAUACUUGCGGAUUACACGCACCCGAAAAGAAGGAUGGAUCUCGUCGAAACAAUACAAAAAAAAAAAAAAUAAAUAAAAAAAAGAAAAAAAGAAAAAGAACGCUCUUCCGUGCAACGUGCCUUUUCCGAGAGCACGCAAAUAUAGACGUACAGAUAAUAACGCAGAAUACGUACGUACAUGUGUAAAUAUAUAUAAACAAAAGAAGAAACAAGCAGGAAAAGAAUAAUAAUCGUAUAUAUAUAUAUAUUAAUAUAAAUUGUUUAGAAUAGAAUCGAUAGACUGGUCCGUCGAUUGUCGUCGACGUUUCUCUAAACACUUCAAGAUUCACCGUGAUAUUUUCAACUUACGUCUUCGAGUUUCGAAUCGCGGCUAACACGUGAAAAGCUAAUUAAUUAAAUAGAACGUGAUAGUAUAACAAACGCAAAAUUCCACUUUUCUUCCAGAUCAGCAAGUUCUUGUUGUUUCGAAAGCGCGUAUGACUGACUGAUGUUCAAACCUAGUGGUUUUAGUAGUUUCGUUGGCCAAGUAAGAACGCCAAGGAGAACGUGGAACAAGUUGUUUCUCCAUUGGAAUACGAUACACGCGUUCCUGUUAAAUCGAUGGGAAAAUAAUGGAAAUUUCUACUCCACGUGAUGAACGUUCACCAACGAACGAAGGAUAUAUGUAUUUUUUAUUCAAUACGACGAUCGUAUAAAACGAAACGACUGGAACGUAACCAGAUGAUGUGAUCGACUGAGCGUGGCCGAGGAAGUGUUCCUUGCUUUUCCGCCAAUUUAACGCUAUUCGCACGACCGUGAUAUACGGUGUAUUAUAUACACCGUGAACGUAAAUCGUGACAUAAACUCUAUCGCCGAGGAAAGAAUGUAGAAGAGAGAGAAAAUAAUUUAGACACGACAGAGCAGAGAAUAUUUUACUUGUCGCGGCUAUAUGUAUAAACACACGGAGGAGGGAGGCUCGUUCCACGUUUCUAACAAUGGCCACUAUUGACUUAAUGAUGACAAUAUUAUUAACUGUAGAUAUAUUAUACAUAUUACGCGUACUAUCUUUCAUACUUAAGUACCUAUUGUAUAAAUCGACUAUUAUUGUACAUUAUAUACAUAUUACCAGUACGAACACUUAUGUAAUACCGAUCGUGCAACUGUUUGGACGCGGUGAACAACUUUUUUGCGACAAUACUUUAACUAACCAUUGCCAAACUCACGAGACACGCGUGCGUAUAUGGAAACUUGAAAAGCUUGUCCUAUUGUAACGUGGAUGACAGUCGUGACCCUUUUGAACACAGUACGCGACUCUGAUCGAGGAUACGACUGUGAUCGAUGAUGAAUUUUUUUACAAUUUUCGAUGAGAUAAGCGUUUGGUGUAUAGGGUAAGAUUCGUGCAAUGAUAUCAUCGAAUCUGGAACCUGAGAGGGGAGUCUUCUGAGGGAAGGUAUUCGAGGAAACGGCAUUUGUAUUUUGUAUUUUUAUAUAGUUUGUAGAACUCGUCAGCGUCGACUUUGCAGAAAUGAUUUCUGCACUCUGUGAUCGAACGCCUGGUCUUCACGGAUGAAAAUAUUCACCACGAGUUAUUAUCGUUUCACGUGAGAAAAGAAGAGAUUCCAUGCAUCUAUAGAACGAACAAGUUCCGUUCGUUAAGAGUUUACGUUCAGUCGUUCUGAUAUUUUUCUAAAAAGUGUCACCGUUUAAUCAUAGAUUUAACGAAUUCCAAUUAAUUAAGCGCCCGAUAUCAGGGAUGUUAAACUAUCGACAUAUCAGCAACAUCUAGUUUUCAUCAAAUUAAUUACGAAUUUCAUUUAGACAGAUACUUGAUUCAUUGGUAAUAAAAUAAUCGAGUCGAACGAUAUUUUUUUCCGUGUAGUCUAUCGGCAGGAUUUCUUAUAUCUGUAAUUGUUUAUAACCCCGUGAGUCAUAUCCCUGCCAUAUCCGAUAUUCUAACGAAGAGUGCUGGGUCCUCCGACGUACGAUAGAAAUAGGAAAACUUGUACUUAAAACGUUCAGAGGAAAAGGGGAAGGAAAAAACGGAUCGGUUACUUUUGUGGACGGUGAUCGAUGUCUCUCCCUUUCGCUUUAAACGUAACUCCAAUCACUUCCAUUUGCCACCUUUCCGUUAGAUACCGAGCAUACCAACAAUAAAAAUAAAUUUCUUCAAAAGUUAACGCAGAGUUUCAUCAAACUUUUCAGACGCGUGUCACUGUCUACAAAUAGAAACGAGAGCGCAGCAUCUUCGAAUCUCAAACCUACCAUCUAAAUGAAUCUUAUAAUGCUCAAGGGCUUGGACGCAGUAUUGAAUAAAUGAAACUUUACGAUUAAGUUAACGCAGGUGCAAUACUCGUGAAACGGGUGCACGUAGAAUAAGAAUAAAAAUAAAUUAAAAAGAAAAAAAAGAAAAGAAAAGAUACUCCGGGAUUCUAUAUAUGAAUAUAUAAAUAUAUACACAUUAAAAAUUGUACAGAAUAAUUCUUCGACCAUCGUGAGACUAUCUCCUUUUUCCUUAGUGUACUGCGCCGAACGAUAAGUAUAUAAAUGUUUUAAGAAUAUGGUGUAGAAGGGCUGGAUAGGUGUAGCGGUAUAAAUUCUCCGGAACAACUGUACAAGUAGUAGCGAUAAACACCCUCACAUCUUUCCUAAUUAAUCGGAACACCUCUCUUUCGGCUAGUUAAUAGCUAAGUAAAAUAAUAUACACAGACACGCAGCGAGCGAAAUAACGUAAAGGAAACAAGAAAAAAAAAAGAGUAAAAAAUAAAAAUCUGCACUGUGCACUUUCGUGAAUUGAAGGUAUUAUCGUAAUCCUUAGACGUAGUAAACAGCGAGUGGAAAGUCAGAUUAGAAUUCGUAUUACAUAAUGCACGCGUAGCUAUGCAAUUAUUACUUGAAAGACCGUGAGUUUGAUGACGCAGGCCGUGGUGUGAAAUUAACAUUUAACGGAAAUGAUUUGUUCAUUAAACAAAAAAAAAAAAAAAGAAAAAAACGGGAGAAAGGCAAUAAUUCAAGGAGAAGCAUUGGGUUUACGGUAUACAUUAAGCAAAGUGCAAUCAAAGAACAUAUUAACGCGUCGAUGGAGUUGGUGAAAUGACCGAUCGAAUUAUCUUUUUUAUCACGGUUCGGAUAAAAAUAUUUAUUUCGAAAAAUUCUGUGGCCCGCAUCAAACACGCGUUCGUAUACAUAUUUGUGUGCGUAUAUCGUGCGUGGGUGUGUAUGUGCGUGUACGCUGUAUAUACAUGUAUCAGAACAAGGAUAAUGAAAGUUGCUUGUAAAUGUGUGCAUUGAAAUUGAUAUAAGGGUAAUACAAGUUGCCGAAGUUCGGAAAGUCUGUUACUAUGAAAUGACAAAAGAAACAGAAACAUUAAUGGAAUAUGUUAAAGAAUGAAAAAUUUGCAAAGCAAAAGUGGUAGUGUAUCCGGGCAUUGAAAACGCCACGGUCUGUUAAGUAGCCUCUAUAUACAUUAUACAUAAUUACGUCUUCUAUAUAUCGACAAUAAAUUAACUAUUUACAAAUUAUCGACAAUAAAAGAAGAAAGGACAUUCGAAGGAAGCGCUGGCCGUCACCGAAUGGGAUGUUCGAACGUUUGUAUGUAGAUAAAGCUAAUCAGGGAAGAGAAUAUUCCGACAGAACGUAUUUUUCAAAAGCUGCAUACAUUAAGGAUAUAUAUAGAGUAAUAUGAACUUACAUGUAUGUAUAUUAUAUAUAAUAUAUAUAUAUAUAUAAUAUAUAUAUAUAAACAUAUACCUGACCUAGCCUGGAAGGUCCGCGCCUAGCUUCGCUUGCUAGAUUUAAUAUUUUUGUAAUGACGCUUAGACGUAGCUCGUUUGUACCUUUGCGAAUUAAGAAACGCGUUUAUAUGUUCGCGCAUCAUCUUUACGAUCGAUCAGUGAUGCGCGAAAUUCGAAUCGAAGCGGGACGAUUAAUUCGCGUUACGACCACCGUAAAAAGGAUCGCGAUCCACGAUCGAACACGAUACGCAAACUAUAAUAUAAAAUACGCUGCUGUAAGAGUUCGUGGUUCUUCGAUUGAACUUCGACUUAUGCUUACCACAUUUCUACUACAGAUUUCUUUGAUUACAUCACAUAUACAUAUGACUAGGCAAAUUUAGUUACGAGUGGAACGAUUCUAAAAAUAGACAGAAGUAAUCAUACGUUAUCCGUGGAUGUUUCUUGAACGGGGCAAAGUCGAUCGAAGAGAUACGAAUAAUAGCACAAAACAAUCCUGCCGACAUGGUGGUAUGAGAAUUUGCAUUCAAAGAGACGUGCACGUGUCGAACGAGUAUACCCUGUAUUUGUGCUACGAAUGAGUAUGUACUUAAAAAUCGUAAUUCGUUAGCGUCUGCAUUUGUACCUCUCUAGAAAUAACGGACGAUCCAAGCGCUAAAUGACCUUCGGCGGAACCAACUACCUGCGUGUUUGUAUAGAAAUCCAUAUACACCUACAUAAAAUGCCAAAAGAAAAAGCAGAUAUAAUC